UUUUUAAAAUAUUUAACAGCAUGAUUAAGAACUUUGAAACCAAACUCAACCACUCCUACGAUGAUUUACAGCCAAAUUUACGAGAGAAAAUUGAUUUUAGCUCCAAAAAAUUAUCAAAUCCCUGGAAAAUAAAUUAUAAGUAAAGGGGACAUCUGUAGAGGAAACAAGCCAAAGAUCAAUCUGCCAAAGCUGCCCCAUCAAUUAGAGAAGAUUAGGAGAGGACUUGGCCCCACAAAUAUUGUGAAAUAUUCAUAUCCAAAGAUCAAGACCAGAAAUGGAGAUUUUAUUGGUGCAAAUAAAGUUACUUUUAUUAAAGAUUUCCCCUCAAAUGAAGAUGAAGCAAUCACAAAUUUCACAUAUGGAGAAGGGGUCUAUUAUCCUAUUGUAUCUCCCGUAGACAUGGAUCGGCAUAAGCUAAAGGGUCAAAAUAACAUGAUAAACCUUCCGUUACAGCUUGGGUCAUCUAAAAGCCUUGAGACGAGCCAAAAACAAGGGAGGCUCCUAAUUAAUAAAACUGGUACUCGUCUUCGGCUUGGCUUGUACGCGACCCCAAGAUGCUUCCAAAGAAGACCCAAGAAAAUGGAGAGCGAUAGCCGCAUCUAAUGUAAUGAACAUUAAAGAUACUGAAAUUUACACGCCUGGAAAAAUAGCAAAACUCAAAUCCCAAAGGAUCUCACGAAAUAAUCAAGAAAGAGUCAAUGAGAUAGUCAAUAGAACUUUAGAAGACUCACUCAAAAGCCAGCUUGAGUGAAAGACUGCUAAAUGGAACACAGAAACCAAACUAAAGAAGAAAAGAAAAUGGAUACCUCCAAAGACUAUCUGGGAGAACAUCGAUUUUCUGGAGAACUGUUCAAAGAAUUUGUGAUAUAGACACGCCUCUAACUGUAAAACAACACCCCUUUCUCAGGAAGAGGAAGAAUUAAAGUUGAAGGAUAAAACUUUUCAAAAGUACUUUUUCAGGAAUGACAAAAUCAAAAACUUUUUGCAAGAUAUGAAAACUAAAGUAGCCCAGAGAAACUUUCCUCCCCAAUCACCAACAUACUAAGAGACAGCAUCAAUACAUCUUCCACCCAUCUAUGCCAUCAUAUACUCCAAUGAAAACUCAAUCCUCCUUCUCUUAAUAAACCCAAAAAAUUCCAAACAUGUCAAUUUCAAAACUUAAC